UGUCCCCAUCCACCCGUCUGUUUCUCGGUUACAUCGAUCUGUAAGGUAGGUAGGCGUGCAAAACAACAACGACAGAAAGCCGGGCUCCAUGGCUGCUAAGUACGCCGUACUUUGACAUUCAAUGAGCUGUCGUUGCACUUGGUGCAGCUUGGUGCUGCAAAUGUUGGCCUACCACACGGCCCCGGCUGCUGUAGUUGCAUGUACUUAGUUAUGCGGGCGUUCUACUAGGGCUGCACUCAGUCGGUGUUCAUCUUUUGAGCAACGCGGACGCGGUUUUGGCGGUUUUUCGUGUGCGGAUUGUCGCCCUUCUGGCAUCCCCGGGAGUUCCGUUGCCCGAGACGUGCGGAAUAUCCUUUUUUUCUGUGAGUGUGUGUGAUCGGUGGUUGGUGGUUUGCAGGGUAGCAGCUGUUCACCUGUGGGAUCGCGUGGUUGGUGAAAUCAUCAUCACCCGGUCGCUAGGUCGAGGAGGUGACCUACAUUGGGCUGCCGGGCCUGGUGCACGGGCGCAACGAUGGAGCAGAUCAUGUCCCCGCACCACCACCAGCACCACUACCGGAGCAUCCCGGACACGUACGCCGGCCGCUCGCUGUUCAUAACCGGUGCGACGGGUUUCAUGGGCAAAGUCCUUGUGGAAAAGUUGCUUCGCGACUGCCCGGAUCUCAAGUGCAUCUACUUGCUGAUUCGUACCAAGAAGGGCAUCGAUGCCGCCCAGCGGAGGGAUGACUACCUCAAGCAUCUGGUGUUCGAUCGGAUCCGGGAGACGAACCGCUCGCAGCUGGACAAGGUCAAGUUGAUUCGCGGUGAUAUCUUGAGUGAAGGGUUGGAAAUUAGCGAAUCGGAUCGGGCGCUGCUGUCCGAAAACGUGGAAAUCAUCUUUCACUGCGCGGCGAAUGUGAGGUUCGAUCAGGAACUGAAACAGGCGAUCAAUUUCAAUACGAAUGGGACCUUGAGGGUGCUAAAGUUGGCAGAGCAGAUGAAGAGACUGAUGGCAUUCGUUCACGUGUCCACCGCGUACUGUCAGUGCAACGAGGAGGUGGUCGAGGAAAGAGCCUACCCUGCGCCCCACAAUCCACUAGGAAUUUCCAAGCUGGCCGAUCUGGUGGAGAGCGAUGUGCUGGAUUUGGUCACGCCUAGUCUACUCAACAACUUGCCCAACACCUAUGCGUACACGAAAGCCCUGACCGAGGGUCUAGUCUACAGCUACCGAGAUCGUUUUCCGAUCGCGAUCGCUCGUCCCACAAUAGUGGUGGCCGCCUGGAAAGAACCCCUGCCCGGAUGGAUAGAAGGAACCAAUGGUCCUACGGGUCUGAUGAUCGGUGGCGGUCGUGGCAUCAUCCGCAGUAUGCACUGUAAUCCGGACUACGAAACGGAUCUGAUGCCCGUAGAUAUCACAAUGAAUGCGAUCAUCGCCUUUGCUGCGGAUCGGGUGAACAACCAGAACGAUCGGGACAUCAUGUACUGUAACGUUUCGGGAGCUAAUGUAAAUCCACUGACUUGGGGUGAAGCACUUGAAACUGGAAGGAAAAAGUUCUACGAUAACCCGCUCUGUUUUGCGUUGUGGUAUCCGGAUGGGUCCAUUAAGUCCAACUACUACUAUCACACGUUGUGCGUGAUCCUGUUCCACUACCUGCCUGCCUAUCUGAUCGAUUUCCUGCUGAUCGUACUACGGAAGAAACCAUUCAUGAUCAAAAUCCAGAAACGGAUAUCGCAAGGCCUGGAAGUGCUGCAGUACUACACCACCAAGGUUUGGAUCUUCAAGAACGACAACAUGCGGGCCAUGUACAGCCGCCUGUCGGAGGACGACCGGGAAAAGUUCUACUUCGACAUGUCGCACGUGCAUUGGCCCACGUAUUUUCUCAACUACAUCAUGGGAGUUCGACAGUACGUACUGAAGGAACCACCGGAAACGCUGCCGAAGGCUCGGAAAUUGUUGAAAAAAUUAUACAUCAUGGACAAGCUCGUGCAGGUCGCGAUCUACGCGCUGAUCCUCUGGCUGGCCUAUUGCUACUGGGACGUAGUGAUAGGUUCGAUCCAGUUCGUUUUCGACUCCGCCAUCGACGGAGUACGGAAAACAAUAACUCCAACAAGAGGGGCACAUUCGAUGAGGACUUAACAGCAGUGCUCCAGACGACCAGAUGAUGAACAUUAAGCCUGUAACACAUAGCGUACGAUUGCGUUGAAUUUGCCCCAUUUGGAAACUGACGAAUUCGACGCAAACGUACGCUAUGUAUUCCAGACUUUAGGAUUGAUGAUUGAUAUUAUUAAUGACUAGUAACUACAUUUAGAUAGUGUUAUGUUGUGUUUUGCUUACAAUUUCUGUCAAGUAGCGUGUAGAUCUUUUUGCCUUAUUUUGUACCAUAGCACCGCGAAUCACAUUUCAAUGUUUGUAAUAUAAUAAAGCGCUCAACUUUUCGGUUCACUAAAUUACAAA